AUGCUCCUGGAUGUAUGCGGAACUGCUAAAGAUGCCUUGCUGCUAACAAAGGAAGGCACACAAGAACUUCAAUCGAUUUUGCGCCGAAGACGAGGAACCGAAUGCAUUGCAAAUGAGGUUAGAAAAUACUUCACCUCCAGGAAGGCAGCGAGAAAGGCAAUCUUCAAGGCCUUAAAGAACUUGAAGCAUAUGGAGAAUAAACUUACCUCCUCUUCCUUCAGCAAAGAUGGUGAGACCGGAGCCGUGAUUAGCACCUUAAAACAAGUAGAAACAGUAACCGUCAGCGUCCUAGAAUCCUUGUUGUCCUUUAUUUCAGGACCAGAGGCUGAAUUGAUAUCAAGCCGGUGGUCAAUAGUUUCAAAGUUAAUGCACCAGAAGGCAGAAAAGAGUUACGUGUGA